AUGCUGCACGAACCGUCCGGCCAGAGCCUGUUGCUCGAGUCAGAGCGGGCCGGGUGGAGCCAGCACGGGUGGCUGCGGCCCCACUUCGAGGGCCAGAAGCGGGGCUCCUUCUGCGCCCUGGCCUCGUGCGCCGUCGUACUCAACGCCCUCCGCUCUGCAUCUCCACCCACUUCGUCUCCGCCGCCGCCAACCGGCUGCAGCCAAGAUGCGGACCCGGCCAAGAAGAAGCGGCGCAGGAGCGGUGAUGGUGAUGGCAAUGGCGAUGAUGAUGACCACACGGGCAACUACGACGGAGAAGAGGCGACACGAACAGAGCAACGCCGACCACCAGAGCGCGUGGUGACCCAAGACGACCUGUUCAGCAAGAUCGUGAUGAAGCACCUCCACAAACGUGAGAGGGACAUGCACAAAGGCCUCCACCUGAAGCAGGUGGCGCGCCUGUUCGAGUUGGCCGGGGCCACUGUGACGCUCCGCUGUUCGGAGGACCCACUCGAGGUCUCCCAGUGGCUCAAGGACGACAUUGCCGCCGUGCUCUCUUCCAGAACGCAAUGCGUGGUGGUCAACCUGUGGCGCGAAUUUGAGAACCACCGAGGAGGGCACGUCUCGCCGUUGGCCGCCUACCACCCGCAGCGACAGAUGGUUCUCCUGCUCGACGUGGCCAGCCACCGAACGACCCCGCACUGGCUCUCUGUUCACGAUCUGGUGCCGUCGCUGUGUCGAGUCGACAGCUGGUCGGGUCGCGCCCGCGGGCGGGCCUUCCACCCGCAUAACAAUUAA